AUGCGCCCAGUAAGCGCGCGCUCGUUCUGGCUCGCUCGGCCUGCGCACCGCACCGCCUCGCCUCGCCUCACCUCGCCUUGCCUCUCGGUCUGCUCUCUCGAGUCGGUUCCGCGUCUGGAGGGCGGAAAGCGCUGGAGCGUGCCCACCCGCACUCACGCCUUCCUUCCGCCUCCGUUAUCGUCCCUCACUUCCACCAACCCGCUCUCACCACCUCGUGUCACUUUGAUCAUCAUCAUCACCAUCAUCAUCCGCAUCCACCUGUUCACUUCAGGCAUGCGCAUCCCUACCAUCGAUCUGCAUCACUGGCACACCUGCCAGCUAUGCAAGGGCGCAGUGGCCAUCCAUGCACGUCACAUCGGCUUGGCAAGCUCAGCAUCCACGCGCGUCUUGACACUUCACCCGCAAGAAUCGAUGAUCGUCGUCAUCGUCUAUCUCAUCAGCCGUCUCGCCACCACCAUGCUGUUCAAAACAAACUUUUUUUCUUCGACAUCCUACUUCACAAUGCCGGAAUCGCGUGAGGACUCUGUCUACCUCGCCAAGCUCGCCGAGCAGGCUGAGCGCUACGAGGAGAUGGUCGAGAACAUGAAGCGCGUCGCUUCGUCCGACCAGGAGCUCACCGUCGAGGAGCGCAACCUUCUCUCGGUCGCUUACAAGAACGUCAUUGGCGCCCGCCGUGCCUCGUGGCGCAUCGUCUCCUCCAUCGAGCAGAAGGAGGAGUCCAAGGGCAACGAGACGCAGGUCUCCAUGAUCAAGACCUACCGCGAGAAGAUCGAGGCCGAGCUCGCCCAGAUCUGCGAGGACAUCCUCGACGUCCUCGACAAGCACCUCAUCCCCUCGGCCGCCUCGGGCGAGUCCAAGGUCUUCUACCACAAGAUGAAGGGUGACUACCACCGAUACCUCGCCGAGUUCGCCACUGGCGACAAGCGCAAGGACUCUGCCGACAAGUCGCUCGAGGCCUACAAGGCCGCCUCGGACGUUGCCGUCACCGAGCUGCCCCCCACGCACCCCAUCCGUCUGGGUCUGGCGCUCAACUUCUCGGUGUUCUACUACGAGAUCCUCAACAGCCCCGACCGCGCCUGCCACCUCGCCAAGCAGGCUUUCGACGACGCCAUCGCCGAGCUCGACACGCUCUCGGAGGAGAGCUACAAGGACUCGACGCUCAUCAUGCAGCUCCUCCGCGACAACCUCACCCUCUGGACCUCGGACAUGCAAGAUUCCGAGAAGCCCACCGAGGCCGCUGCCGCCGACGCCCCGGCUGCCGAGGCCAAGGGCGAGGAGGCUGCCUAA